AUGGAUCAUAAAACUGUAUGUGAUCAUGCAAAUUGCACAACAGCAAUGUCUAAUCAAUCUCUAUCACAAACACUAUCUGAAAUGGACUGGGAGAGGGGUAUCUGGUAUGCAGCUUUCAAUGGAGACAAAGGAAGAGUUGAACACUUGAUAGAGAAAUCAAAUAAUGCAACUAGAACAGUUAAUGCACCAGAUAACUCGGGCUACACAGCUUUGCACUAUGCUGCAAAGAGUGGACACAUUGACAUUUGUGGAAUUCUAUUAAAAUAUGGAGCUUGCAUCAAUGCACAAACAAGGAGUGGUAAAGCUACUCCUUUGCAUAAAGCUGCUACUGCAGGUAAAAUUACCACAGUAAAGUUUCUCAUUGAAUCCGGAGCUACAGUUGAUACACAAGAUGUUGACGGCCAAACUAUUCUCCAUAAAGCUGUUGAAAACAAACGAAACGAACUUGUUAGUUUCUUACUUAAUGUUUAUCCUCAACUGAGCAAUAUUAAAGAUAAAAAAGGCAAUUGUGCAGUUUAG